AAGGUCUUCAUACCAGUGAAUGUGUUUUCUUCGGAGGCAAAAAUAAUAGUGGAUGCAACACCCACGAAUAAAUGGUUCAAUUUUGAGCUGAGAUGCGGAAGCGCAAAAUCAUACAACAUUAGCGCCCAGCUCGACGUUUUCUUUAAUAAUAACACGGUUACUGUUACAUCAAAGCAGGGAGGACUAUUUCUAAGAGAAGCUUCAUAUUUUACCGACUUUCAUUUUAAACUCAAUGAAGCAUUUAAGACGGUUUGGACCAUUGGACCUGAUUUAAUCGAGAUCAAUGUAAACGGCAUGCAUAAGUACCAUAAGCAGGAUGUCGAACUCUGUCAAAACUUAUUUCUCUACUGGAACAGUAUUCCCAUUGUGAACAAAAUGUAUAUGACUUAAUACUUUUUCUUAUUUAUUUUUUUGCAAAUUUUAUCUGGAACAUGCUUUUGUCUGCAGCUACUAGAGUCAAUAGCUUAUCAUAUUCUUUAAUACUAUAAAUAACAUAAGGUUAGAAAAUGUUAACCAAAGAUACAAGUAAAAUUUUGAAACAUUAGGUUUAAUAUUAAACACAUAUACGAAUAUUUUUUUUAAAAAAUUAACUAAAAUUAAUAAUUAUUAUGCAUUUAACUAUUAAUGAGUAUACUUUAGUCAAAAAGGAAAAACCAAGUUAUGGCUGAUUACAUUAUCUUGUGGAUAGCUGAAUGUAAUUCGUAAACUAUCAUGAUGCUAUUAUAUUUUAUGUUAACCGCAAUUUUUGUUUUGUUUAACAAUGCUGUUAAGAUUUUUUAACAAUACUUUUACAUUUUAAUGUCUUUGGUGUUUUGGAAUAAAAAGGUUGGUAUUUUCAAUCUAAAUACUUACACACAUUUUAUAAAAAACAUACAUAAAUAAAGAUGCAAAUUCCAUUUCAAAUGCAAUUACAAAUACAAGUAUAUAUAU